CUCCUCACACACCCCUCUCGCACGGUUGGUCCCAGGUGGAACGAUAGAACUUAGAACCUCUCCGGAAUGUAUUAGUAAUUUAAUUAGUGAUGAAUUGGUUUUAAUGCAUUUAUUCUCUCACAUUUUACUUGGUUAAUUUAUUAGUUCAUAUUUUUUGACAUUUUUCACAGACCUAUUUUGGUGUGUUUCAUGGCACAUGUGUGCAGACAGCUGAGUGGGAGCGGGGCCAGCUUUGCAGGCUGGGUAGGUAUCAUCAUCGCCACCGCCACCAAUGACUGGGUGCGCACCUGCGACUACACUGUCACCACCUGUGUGCGCAUGGACGAGCUGGGCGCGCGAGGCCUCUGGGCGGAGUGUGUCAUCUCUCCCUCACUCUACCACUGUGUAACGCUCAACCAUAUUCUCACACUGCCAGCAUACAUCCAGACAUGCCGUGCUCUGAUGGUGUGUGCGUGCCUAAUGGGGCUUCCUGCGAUGGGGCUGGUGCUGAUGUCCUUGCCCUGUGUCAGACUCGGAGAUGAGAUCCCCGCUACCAAACUACGCCACAGCAUGGUCGGGGGUGCUCUCACCUUUAUCGUGGCUCUCUGUGGAUUGGUGUCGACCAUCUGGUUUCCUAUUGGUGCUCACGCAGAGGAGGGUCUAAUGUCAUUCGGCAUCUCACUGUACACCGGAUGGGUCGGCUCCGCCCUCUGCCUCCUGGGGAGCUUCAUGAUUUUGUGUUGCUGCGGUGACGACCCCUCGGCAACCCCCCAAAGGCAGCAGAACAGCUACUAUUACUCCAGACAGGCAGGGGGUGCCGACACGCCCAUCAACCUUGACACUACUGCCGUAGUCACGGGCAACCACGCCAAGAGCGCACAUGUGUAAGAAUGUGCAUUUGUGAGAUUUGGAGUUCUAAGCCAACUGCAUUGAAGACAUAUGCCAGAUCUAACAACGCCUGCAUAGUUAUUUAACAUACACUAUAUAUACAAAAGUCUGUUAACCCCCCUUCAAUUUAGUGGAUUCAGCUAUUUCAGCCACACCCGUUGCUAACAGGUGUGUAUCAAAUUGAGCACACAGCCAUGCAAUCUCCAUAGACAAACACUGGCAGUAGACUGGCCUUACUGAAGAGCUCAGUGACUUUCAACGUGGCACCGUCACAGGAUGCCCCCUUUCCAACAAGUCAGUUCAUCAAAUUUCUGUCCUACUAGAGCUGCCCCGGGCAACUGUAAGUGCAGUUAUUGUGAAGUGGAAAUGUCUAGGAGUAACAACGGCUCAGCCGCGAAGUGGUAGGCCACACAAGUUCACAGAACGGGACUGCCAAGUGCUGAAGCGGGUAAAAAUCAUCUGUCCUCGGUUGCAACACUCACUACCGAGUUCCAAACUGCCUCUGGAAGCAACGUCAGUACAAGAACUGUUAGUCUGGGAGCUUCCUGAAAUGUGUUUCCAUGGCCGAGCAGAUGCACACAAGCCUAAGAUCACCAUGUGCAAUGCCAAGCGUCGGCUGGAGUGGUGUAAAGCUCGCCGCCAUUGGACUCUGGAGCAGUGUAAACUCGUUCUCUGGAGUGAUGAAUCACGCUUCACCAUCUGGCAGUCCAAUGGACAAAUCAGGGUUUGGCUGAUGCCAGGAGAACACUACAUGCCCGAAUGCCUAGUGCCAACUGUAAAGUUUGGUGGAUGAGGAAUAAUGGUAUGGGGCUGUUUUUCAUGGUUCCAAAGAAAGGAAAUCUUAAUGCUACAGCAUACAAUGACAUUCUAGACUAUUCUGUGCUUCCAACUUUGUGGCAACAGUUUGGGGAAGGUCCUUUCCAGUUUCAGCAUGACAAUGCCCCCAUGCACAAAGCGAGGUCCAUACAGAAAUGGUUUGUCGAGUUCGGUGUGGAAGAACUUAACUGACCUGCACAGAGCCCUGAACUCAACCCCAUCGAACACCUUCGGGAUGAAUUGGAACGCACACUGCAAGCUAGACCUAAUCACCCAACAUCAGUGCCCGACCUAACUAAUGCUCGUGGCUGAAUGGAAGCAAGUCCCCGCAGCAAUGUUCCAACAUCUAGUGAAAAGCCUUCCCAGAAGAGUGGAGGCUGUUAUAUCAGCAAAGGGGGGACCAACUCCAUAUUAAUGCCCAUGAUUUUGGAAGGAGAUGUUUGACGAGCAGGUGUCCACAUAUGUUUGGUCAUGUAGUGUAUCAGCUAACCCCAUUAUAUGAUAUUGCAAUCUGGUGCCCAACUGCGCAGUCGAUGACAUAGCACCCAACUAUUGGUUGAUGCAAUUCAAUGUAGUCGGGCAGGAACUCGAACAGAAGGUAAAGAAGGGUGUAAACUGCAGAGAAUUUAUAAUCCACCAUCUGGACAUUCACAUGUCUGGCCUGACCAUGACCUCAUCCUGUCAAUGGAGACUUCACAUCCUCUCAGACAGGAAUCUGGCCAGGUUGCACCGUCCUCCUCACCUUUUCCCUUCCUGUUUCCACUCUUUAUCUCCACCACUGAUGUUCUGUGUUCUAGUGUUCCAGUGUUGUAGUGUGGUGAGGGAAAACAGGCGUUCUCUCCGAAUUAUUCACUUUAUUCAAUGUUUUACUGACGGUUUAUCAGGUAACAGCAAAACACAGAUCACUGUCACUCCUUCUUCAGACAUUACACUCUUCGACAAUGAAUAUUUUCAUUUUUGAAUUAUCAUCUUAUCAAACUCUAAAAAUAUUUUCAACCAACUCAUCCAUGCAACACCAGAGGUCUCAGAAUAUGAGGUAUUAUGCUUCCUCUAGUAUAAUUGAUUGGUUGAUUGAUUUUAUGCACAGCAUGUUGGAUGUAUGUUAAUAAUGCAGUUUUAAAUAAACAAAUGUGUAUGUUUGUGAUAGUUACACUUUCCAACCAGAAUAUGGUUGGAAAGUGUAACCACUUCAAUAUGUAAGAGUAAUCUCUGUAAAAUGCAAUAAAGUUUAUUCAUUCACUCA